AUGGAUGAUAUCUUCACACUCUGUCGAGAGGGCAACUCUGUGGCGGUUCGCCUGUGGCUAGACAACACGGAGAAUGACCUCAAUUUAGGGGAUGACCACGGCUUCAGCCCGCUGCAUUGGGCGUGCCGGGAGGGACGUGGCGGCGUAGUGGACAUGCUCAUCAUGAGGGGCGCCCGGGUCAACGUCAUGAACCGUGGGGAUGACACCCCCUUGCACCUAGCGUCCAGUCAUGGCCACGUGGAUAUUGUGGCUAAGUUGAUUCAGUGCAAGGCCGAUCCCAACACGGUCAACGAACAUGGGAACACACCAUUGCACUACGCGUGCUUUUGGGGGCAAGAGGCUGCUGCACAGGAUCUGGUGGUGAGCGGUGCUCAGGUGUGUGUGUGCAACAGGUACGGACAGACUCCUCUAGACAAGGCCAAGCCUCACCUCAGGCAACUGCUUCAAGAGAGGGCCGAAAAACUGGGCCAGAGUUUGACCAAAGUUCCUUACAAAGAAACCUUCUGGAAGGGCACCAUGAGGACCAAACCUCGUAAUGGCACGCUCAACAAGACCGAAAUUGAUUACAAGCAACUUUCACUACUUGCAAAAAUCAAUGAAAACCACUCAGGAGAGAGUUGGCAGGGUCGCUGGCAGGGUGAUGACGUGGUGGUGAAAGUGUUGCAGGUGAGGGAGUGGAGCACCAGGAAGAGCAGAGACUUCAGCGAGGAGCAUCCCAAACUACGGAUCUUCUCUCACCCCAACAUCCUCCCAGUUCUUGGAGCAUGUCAGUCCCCGCCGGCCCCACACCCAAUCAUCAUCACACCUUAUAUGCCAAACGGAUCCCUGUACAACCUCCUCCAUGAGGGCACCACUCUCGUGGUGGACCAAAGCCAAGCAAUUAAGUUCGCAUCAGACGUGGCCAGCGCCAUGACCUUCCUACAUACGCUGGACCCCAUGGUGGCGCGACUGUACCUCAACAGUAAACACAUCAUGAUUGAUGAGGACAUGACGGCCAGGAUAAGCAUGGCGGACGCAAAGUUCUCAUUCCAGUGUGCUGGACGCAUGUACUCUCCGGCCUGGAUGGCCCCAGAAGCACUGCAGAAGCGCUCUGAGGACAUCAACAGAAGAUCAGCUGAUAUGUGGAGCUUCGCCGUGCUCCUGUGGGAGCUGGUCACCAGGGAGGUGCCCUUCGCCCACCUUUCACCCAUGGAGAUAGGCAUGAAGGUGGCUCUGGAAGGCCUGCGACCGACCAUCCCGCCGGGCAUCUCGCCUCACAUCUGCAAGCUGAUGAGACUUUGCAUGAACGAGGACCCUGCUAAGAGGCCCAAGUUUGACAUGAUCGUUCCCAUCUUGGAAAAAAUGCGAGACAAGUGA